GAUUGAUCAACGUUGGAAUUGUUCUCCUUGGAUAUUUAAAAAAACCAUUUUACACAGAGGUUGCUACUGCAGCAACACGUGUUGGUUUAGCUUUGUGUGCUUCUUCUGAUGCACAAAUUCAGGGGCCUUUUCCAGCAGAGUUUGUUGUGAGAUCACAGGUCGGGAGGAUGACCGCUCGAGUGGAUUUCUCAUUGAUUGCUGCUUUGUGGUAUCUUUUUGGAUACUUGAGCAUAACUCAUGCUAUUCAAAGACAAAACACAGUGGAUGGUUUUUGUCCGGCGACGCUGACGUUCGUGCCGGCCCGUCGAGGAUGUUCUUCUGAUGAAGACUGCCCUGGAGGACACAAAUGCUGUCGAUUUGACUGUGGGCCUGUUUGUGUGCUGCCUGUUUUCAUGAAGCCGGGUCAGUGUCCCCUACCAGAGAUGAUUCCACUGUGUGCUGAAAGCUGUUUCCAUGAUGGCCAGUGUCCUGCCACACAGAAGUGUUGCCCAACCACCGGUGGCUUUGCAUGCAGUGAACCACGUGGACAGGGAAGCGGCCAGGGAAGCGGUCAGGGACAAGGCCAGGGAAGCGGCCAGGGAAGCGGUCAGGGACAAGGCCAGGGAAGCGGUCAGGGACAAGGCCAGGGAAGCGGUCAGGGACAAGGCCAGGGAAGCGGUCAGGGACAAGGCCAGGGAAGCGGUCAGGGACAAGGCCAGGGAAGCGGCCAGGGUCAGGGCCAGGGCCAGGGUCAGGGACAAGGCCAGGGACAGGGACAAGGCCAGGGAAGCGGCCAGGGACAGGGCCAGGGCCAGGGUCAGGGACAAGGCCAGGGUCAGGGACAAGGACAAGGCCAGGGAAGCGGCCAGGGUCAGGGACAAGGCCAGGGUCAGGGACAAGGCCAGGGACAGGGACAAGGCCAGGGAAGCGGACAGGGUCAGGGACAGGGACAAGGCCAGGGAAGCGGUCAGGGACAAGGCCAGGGAAGCGGUCAGGGACAAGGCCAGGGUCAGGGACAAGGUCAGGGACAAGGCCAGGGAAGCGGCCAGGGUCAGGGACAAGGCCAGGGUCAGGGACAGGGACAAGGCCGGGGAAGCGGACAGGGUCAGGGACAAGGCCAGGGAAGCGGCCAGGGUCAGGGUCAGGGACAGGGCCAGGGCCAGGGACAGGGACAAGGCCAGGGAAGCGGACAGGGUCAGGGACAGGGCCAGGGAAGCGGACAGGGUCAGGGACAGGGCCAGGGAAGCGGACAGGGUCAGGGACAGGGCCAGGGAAGCGGACAGGGUCAGGGACAGGGCCAGGGAAGCGGACAGGGUCAGGGACAGGGCCAGGGAAGCGGACAGGGUCAGGGACAGGGCCAGGGAAGCGGACAGGGACAGGGCCAGGGAAGCGGACAGGGUCAGGGACAGGGCCAGGGAAGCGGA